AUGGCAGAAGAGAAUCACACAUCUGUAUCUGUGUUUGUUCUCUUGGGAUUUGCAGAUCAACCAGAGCUGCAGCGUCCGCUCUUUGUUUUGUUCCUGCCAGUCUAUAUCAUUACCGUGGUGGGAAAUCUGGGAAUGAUCAUUUUAAUCACGAUGGACUCCCAACUCCACACCCCCAUGUACUUCUUCCUCAGCAACCUGGCCCUUGCAGACCUUUGCUAUUCCUCCAGUGUCACGCCAAGGAUGUUGGCAAAUUUAGCAGCAGGCUAUAAAGACAUUUCUUUCACUGAAUGCUUGAUACAGUGUUAUCUCUUCAUUGCUCUGACUCUCACAGAGUCCUUCAUCCUGACAGCCAUGGCAUAUGAUCGAUAUGUGGCUAUCUGUAAUCCACUUACUUAUACCACAAAAAUGUCACGGAAGGUCUGUAUCUGUCUGGUGGCAGUUCCCUCUGCAUACGGUUUCCUAGAUGCCACGAUCCAGACCAUAUUCACCUUCCGUUUGACCUUUUGUAGCUCCAAUGUCAUCAAUCACUUUUACUGCGCUGACCCACCUCUCCUAAAGCUUUCCUGCUCUGACACCCAUGUCAAAUUCACCCUUAUGUCAAUCUCUGCCAGUUUCAACCUCAUUAGCUCCCUAGUUGUUAUUCUCAUCUCUUACAUUUUCAUUCUCAGUGCCAUCCUGAAGAUCCCUUCCGCUGCUGGGAGGCACAAAACCUUCUCUACAUGUGGUUUCCACCUGACAGCUGUCACUCUCUUCUAUGGGACACUUUUUGCCAUGUACGUCAGAUAUCCCUCUAGCCUGUCACUCGAACAGAGCAAAAUAGUUUCUGUGUUCUAUGUGGUGGUGAUCCCCAUGCUGAAUCCAUUGAUCUAUAGCCUAAGGAACAAGGAGGUAAAGGGUGCCCUGAAGAGACUGUUGGGAACGAAAGUGCGGAGUCAAAUAGGUUUCUAA